AUCUCCGACCUGAUCGAUGCUGGUAUGGUUACCUCACAUUUGAGUGUUUAAAGUAGGCUGGACCUGAGCUGACUUCUAUAGGCUCCCUCAAACUUGGCGAACUACAGCGUAUCGUGAUUGACGGAUCCUAUGUUGAUCAGAAACAGCGUGGUAUCUUCGACAUGAAAGAAACCCAUCUUCCACUUUUGAAGUUGCUCACGCGGCCCGAGUUUCGUGAACGGUAUGGGGCGGAGGAGAAGCGGAUCCAGAUCCUCGUCUUUUAGCUUCAUCCAAUGAUGUAUAAUGUGGUUGGCGUUAAUCAAGGCUGGGUGUUCGAUCUUUUUGUUGUCUGUUCUUAUUCCGGGUAGUGAUACCCUACAUGCAUCCUUUUGCCCAUUGGUAUAUUUGCAUCGUAUGACUCUUUUCUUUUAUACUUGGACAAAUAUGAACUGUUUAGUUUCAACCAUUUUUGUUUAUCUUGAGCGGUCAGUUUAAGCCUAUGAUCAAUCUCAUGAACUGCAAAUAUAGGCAAGUCAGCUGUCUCCGUCUACCAAAUUACUCGUUCGGAUUGCAAUCAACUUUUGUUCUACACCAGCUCCAGGUUCGUUGGUCUUUGUGAU